UGAAAUCUGUCCGGACUAAUGGGCACGAGCGAAACGCGGAAGCGGGCAGAGAGUAAAGAGGUUCGGACACCUUGGUGUUUAGCACACGUUAUCACGGCUAAACAUUCCGUUCACCUGCGUUUCUCCGCGUGAGGCGAGUUUCGUAUAGUUUGUUUAAACCCUGUGACGCGACCGCAUGGUUUGUACGGCACCAAAGACCGUGUUCCUUUAAAAUGGCAACAAAAAGCAGAGUUUUGCUGCGGACGGUUCUGCUCGGGCUCAGAGCUCACAGUGUUUGGUACCAUCAGACCUCAGGUGAAAGAGGCCUCCCGUGGAAAACUCAGCUGAGACACGUGAGCUGCACACACCGGCAGCACACACCUGCUUCUGCCUCCACAGGACCCAGCAGUUUGUCAUUCAGGAGCCACACCUGUGGGGAGCUGAGACCACAUCAUGUUGGAGAGAAGGUCACACUGUGUGGUUGGGUUCAGUACCUCAGACAAGACCUUUUUGUCAUCCUGCGAGAUUUCAGUGGUUUGGUACAAGUUUUAAUUCCCCAAGAAGAAUCUGCGAGCAGCUUGAAGGCGGUGCUGUCUGAUCUGACAGUCGAGUCGGUCGUGAAGGUUACGGGAACAGUCAGAAAACGACCAGCAGGGCAGGAGAACAAGGGGAUGCUGACUGGAGACGUGGAGGUUCUGGCCGAGAACGUGGACGUUUUCAACGUGUGCCGAAAGCUGCCUUUUGAGACGAAAGAGUUUGUCAAAAAGUCCGAGUCUCUGCGGAUGCAGUACCGUUACCUGGACCUGAGGUCCUCACGGAUGCAGAAGAACCUCAGAAUGAGGUCUGAGCUGGUGAUGAAGAUGAGAGAAUAUCUCUGUAAUGUGCAUGGAUUUGUGGAUGUAGAAACUCCUACUCUGUUCAAAAGAACACCAGGGGGGGCCAAAGAGUUUGUGGUUCCCUCCAGAGAGGCGGGCCUGUUUUACUCUCUGCCUCAGAGUCCACAGCAGUUUAAGCAGCUCCUGAUGGUGGCUGGUAUAGACCGGUACUUCCAGGUGGCUCGAUGCUACAGGGAUGAAGGCUCCAAACCAGACAGGCAGCCAGAGUUCACACAGGUGGACAUAGAGAUGUCUUUCGUGGACCAGGCAGGAGUCAUGUCUCUGGUGGAGGGUCUGCUGCAGCACUCCUGGCCUGCAGAGAAGGGUUUCCUUCAGGUUCCUUUCCAGAAGAUGACUUAUGACGAAGCCAUGAGAGACUACGGGGUGGACAAACCUGACACCAGGUUUAACAUGAAGCUGGUGGAUCUGAGUGAGGUUUUCUCAUCCACACAAAUUGAAUUCUUCAAAUCAGCUCUGAGCCAACCUGGAGGUUCUGUUCAGGCCAUCUGUGUCCCGAGUGGAGCGAAACUUCUGUCUGGGAAAGACKUGGAUGAACUGAAGCAAACGGCCCAGACUCAGCACGGACAGGAGCUGAGCCCGGUGCUGCUCAGGGACGACGGGACGAUAAAGUCCGUCCUGAAGAAGCUGCUGUCUGUCUCUGAAACUGAAAACCUUCUGAGGAGUACUGGCGCCAAACCAGGAGACCUGCUGCUGAUGGCAGCUGGAUCCGUCCACUCUGUGCGCCCACUGCUCGGGAAUCUUCGUCUCCAGUCCGCUCAGCUCCUYGAAUCUCGUGGCCUAUUGCUGCGCGACCCCUCUGCCUUCCACUUCCUGUGGGUCGUGGACUUCCCUCUUUUCUUACCCAAAGAGGAGAAUCCAGAGGAGCUGGAGUCGGCUCAUCACCCGUUUACGGCUCCWCGACCCGAGGACACGGAGUUGCUCCUCACAGAGCCACACAAGGUUCAGGGGCAGCACUAUGACCUGGUGUUGAACGGUUGUGAGRUUGGAGGAGGCUCCAUCCGGAUCCACAGGGCCUCAGAGCAGCUUUACGUCCUGAAGAAUAUCCUGAAGGAGGACUCCAGUCUCCUGUCCCACUUAAUUGAGGCUCUUGACUCAGGAGCACCACCUCAUGGAGGCAUUGCUCUGGGGUUGGAUCGGCUCGUCUCCAUUAUGGUCGGCGCUCCCAGCAUCCGUGACGUCAUCGCCUUCCCUAAGUCGACCCGUGGUCAUGACCUCAUGAGCCACGCCCCUGACUCGGUCUCUGAGGAGAAGCUGAAACCCUAUCAUAUUUCUGUCAGAUGGCCAACACAGAGAGGAGGAGGAGGAGGAGGAGGAGGAGAGACUUUGUGAGAUGAUGACAAAGAGAAACUAACAGCAGAGGAAAUGAUUUCCCAGAUCUUUUUAUCCAUCAAAGGAAAAAAAGGUGGAACAAAGAUUCAAGGAUGUUGACUGAAGAAAAGAAAAACUAAAGGAGAUAUAAAUUAUCUCUUAAAAAUUAGAACCAACCUUGUAGGACUCUGAAACACCAAGUGGUUCAACACUUAAUACCAUCUGUUACUAGAACACUUACAAUAAAGUUUUUUUUAAUAAAACUAA